AAGGUGUACAUGUGAUUUGGUUCUUCUGCAGCUAUAGUUGGAUAAAGUACAUCUUUUAGAGCUGCCCACAGGAAGGUGAGAAGAGAUGUCUUCAUUUACGAUCGUGGCCAUUUUGUUUUCGGUCGUCGCCUUAGUUUGGUGUACUCCAGUCAAAUUUGUUGUGAACAGUAAACCUGCAACAAAUGGGCGGAGCUCUCUACCGAAUGCCAAGUCGUUUUCGUUCGCCAGAGCAGCUGCACCACGCUCUGAGCCUAUUCAGUACAGUGGGAAGCCACCCCCUCCACCAGCCACUCCUAAACCAGUGCAUUUCUCUGUGACCGGAGGUAAUAUCCCGGCACGCUUUGCAGCGUCAAGCGGUUCACCUGUGGUCGUGAAAGAACAAGCAACUCCUUUAAAACCCACACGUGACCAAGUAAGCCGUCCGCUACCAUUCCGACGGCCCCCAUCACCCAUACCUCAAAUGCACAGACAUUCGUCAUCACCAUCCAAUACUCGCCGAGGUCUUCAAAGAAAUGGACAUAAAUCACAAUCUCCUACACAAUUUUCCCCGAAGAAGGGGAGUAUGCCAUCCCCUCCAAACAAUCCCCGUCAGCCGACGCCUCCACCAAAUGAACGUGCGCAACCUUCCUCGACACAUUCUCGUCAAAGCUCAUCUCCACCAAAUCGACCGUUUCCCCCAACAAAACGAAAUAGCCGCGGACCAUCGCCGCAAAAUGGCCGUCAGCCAUCAUCUGAACUAAAUAAUCGUCAAAUGUUUUCUCAACAAAAUAUCCGUCAACCCCCUCCUCCACAAAACGGUCGUCAAAUACUUCCUCCACAAAAUGGUCGUCUAUCAACUACUUCACGAAAUAACCGCGUACCACCUCCAACAAAUGGUCGUCAACCGUCAAUUCAAAAGAAUGGUCGACAACAAAAUGGCCGUCAACCACUUCCUCCACAAAAUGGUCGUCAAACACAUAUUUCACCAAAUGGCCGUCAACAACCUCCUCCAAAAAAUGGCCGUCAACAACCUCCUCAACAAAAUGGACGUCAACCACUUCCUCCACAAAAUGGCCGUCAACCACCUGCUUCACCUGAUGGCCGUCAACCACCUGCUUCACCUUAUGGCCGUCAACCACUUUCUCCACAAAAUGGCCGUCAACCAACUCCAUCACAAAAUGGUCGUAAACCAUCUGCUUCACCUAAUGGCCGUCAAUCACCUACUUCACCAAAUGGCCGUCAACCACCUCCUCAACAAAAUGACCGUCAACCAUCUCCUGCACAAAAUGGCCGUCAACCAUCUGCUUCACCUAAUGGCCGUCAACCACCUACUUCACCAAAUGGCCGUCAACCACUUUCUCCACAAAAUGGCCGUCAACCAACUCCAUCACAAAAUGGUCGUAAAACAUCUGUUUCACCUAAUGGCCGUCAAUCACCUACUUCAUCAAAUGGCCGUCAACCAACUCCUCAACAAAAUGACCGUCAACCAUCUCCUGCACAAAAUGGCCGUCAACCACCUGGUUCACCUGAUGGCCGUCAACCACCUGCUUCACCUAAUGGCCGUCAACCACUUUCUCAACAAAAUGGCCGUCAACCAACUCCAUCACAAAAUGGUCGUAAACCAUCUGCUUCACCUAAUGGCCGUCAAUCACCUUCUUCACCAAAUGGCCGUCAACCACCUCCUCAACAAAAUGGCCGUCAAUCACUUCCUCCACAAAAUGGCCGUCAACCAUCUCCUGCACAAAAUGGCCGUCAACCACCUGCUUCACCUAUUGGCCGUCAACCACUUUCUCCACAAAAUGGCCGUCAACCAACUCCAUCACAAAAUGGUCUUAAACCAUCUGCUUCACCUAAUGGCCGUCAAUCACCUACUUCACCAAAUGGCCGUCAACCACCUCCUGCACAAAAUGGCCGUCAACCACCUGCUUCACCUGAUGGCCGUCAACCACCUGCCUCACCUAAUGGCCGUCAACCACUUUCUCAACAAAAUGGCCGUCAACCAACUCCAUCACAAAAUGGUCGUAAACCAUCUGCUUCACCUAAUGGCCGUCAAUCACCUCCUCCACAAAACAGCUUUCAACUUCCUAUUACACAAAAUGGUCGUCAAUCACCUUCUCAACAAAAUGAUCGUCAACCACCUUCUUCACAAAAUAACCGUCAACAACCUUCUUCUCAAAAUGGUCGUCAACCACCUCCUAAACAAAAUGGUCGUCAACCACCGUCUUCUCAAAAUGGUCGUCAAACACCUUCUCAACAAAACGGUCGUCAACCAAAUCCUUCACAAACUGGACGUCAACAACCUUCUCAACAAAAUGGCCAUCAAUCAACUCCUUCACAAAAUGGACGUCAACCAUCUCCUUCACAAAAUGGACGUCAACCACCUGCAUCACAAAAUGGUCGUCAACCACCUCCUCAACAAAAUAGCCGUCAAUCAAAUCCUUCACAAAAUGGACGUCAACCAUCUCCACAAAAUGGACGUCAACCACCUGCUUCACAAAAUGGACGUCGACCAUCUGCUCAACAAAAUGGCCGUCAAUCAUCUCCUCCACAAAAUGGACGUCGACCAUCUGCUUCACCAAAUGGCCGUCAACCCCCUCCUCCACAAAAUGGUCGUAAACCACCUUCUCCACAAAAUGGUCGUAAACCACCUUCUCCACAAAAUGGCAAUAAGAUUCCUUCAAAACCGAAUGGCAAAUUUGCUUCAUUAAAUGUGCGUAAGCCCUCACCAUCUAAUAGUCGUAAUGUUCCUCUUCCCUCAAAUGUUGCUAUUUCUCCAGCAGUAUCUAUACCGGGACAGAUUAUGCCGCUCCCCGUAAAAGAUGUCCGAUCUGGUCAAGCAACCGCUUCAGGUUCCAUUGCACCUGGUACGCCAAUAAAAAGAAUUAGUUCUGUAGGAAAACCGGGUGUCCCAAAACUUUCCAGUCCUGCACUAUCGAAGCCAAAAGCUGGCUCAGUAGGAGGAGGAGAAAAGUCGUUUGGAAUGGGUCAAAGCAAUAAGAUUAAAACAAUUUCCAGUUCGUCAAUUCAAGGUAAUGGUAUUGGCCAAAUGAUCAAGGCUAAACAAGGAGUAAACGUAUCUGCAAAAGGAAAAGAUAGAAGGAGACAGGACAUGAACAGCAAACUUCCUCCUGGUGAAAAAACUGUUCCACAAGCUUCCACAGGCGCUGGACCAAGAGGAAGCAAGUUGAUAAUGAAUAGCAAAUCCAAAGGAUCGCCGUCAGCCUUGCCUCAAAGAAUGCAAGGCAGCACACGAGGAAAUUCCGACCAAUCCAGAAUGUUACAAUCUAUGACUACUGCUGCAAAGGUCAAGCAGCCAAGUAUGCAAGGGCAGGGAAAGACGGGGUCAAGUCAGUCACAAAGCAAAAUCUCCGGUAAUGGUUAUCGGCAAGGCAAAACGGUAGUUAACUCAAUUUCGAAAAAAUCGAGUAACACUGCGAAAAGUGAUUCCCUACCGAGUCUAUCACAGCGAUUUGGUUCUGAAAAUAAUGCCAAGUCAAAUAUUCGAUCGAAAUCAAAUAAAGGAAAACCACCCUCCCAAUCCGGUAGAGGCGAAGCUGAUUCUUCAAAGACAGCAGCAAGUUCUGUUAAAUCAAAGAAACAAUCAAGCGCAUCAAUUAUGAAUUCAUUUUCAAUAACAUCUUCCGGAAAUAAAAAUGAGAUAUCUUCACCUAUCAAAUCUGUAUCCGUAGGUACAGUAACUGAGAACAUAGGGUCCGUCCCGCAAGUUGCAAAGGGGGCAGCUAAGACGAAUGAUGUUACCAAAACUUCAACAAAAGAUAGAGAAGAGAAAAUAAUUAGCACAGGUGGAAUCGUAUCUUCAAAGUCUAUAAUCAAUAAGCAGAUUAAACCAUCAACAAAGACGCUUUCACAACAGAGUGCCACUACUUCAUCAAAAAUUCUCCCGAGCAAACCUUUUGUGUCCAGUUCCGCGCCACAAGCUGAUUUAGCAAAUACUAAAACAGGUGAUUCAUAUUUAGCAAGAGGAAAGGCAGCCAGUUCAAAAUUGGCUAGUGCAAAUGCAGUAAGUAAAACUGCAGCCAGUUCAAAAGCAUCAGGUCUUACUUUGCCGUCAAGUAAAUCUGAUCAAUUAGUAGUCCACACAAGUGCGUCUGGAGCAUCUUCCGUUUCAUCGGCAUUUGGUCAAACAGCGGCAGCAUCUAAACCUGCUCUAGAUUCUGUCCCCAAUACAGAAGGAAAUGCAGUAUCUAUAGCUUCGAAGCCAACAGGCGUCAAACCACAAGUAAACCAAGAUUACGUCAAUUCACCUGUUGCAGCAGCUCCUGCAGCACCACAAGCACCAGCAGCGGCGCAAGCACCAGCACCACAAGCAUCAACACCACAAGCACAAGCACCAGCACCACAAGCACCAGCACCACAAGCACCAGCACCACAAGCAUCAGCACCACACGCACCAGCACCACAAGCACCAGCAGCGGCACAAGCACCAGCACCAGCAGGACCCGUCCAGAAAGAGGAAACGAGAUCUCAAGGUGGUUACUUUUACGUCGAUGCUAAUGGAAAUUACAACUAUUACGAGCCACCAGCCGGUGCAGUAGUUGGACAGGAUGUCAAUAGCUUACUCUACAAUUAUUUUUCCGCGCCUAUAGUGACGAAAACGACGCCAGGGAUGUACUAUACUCCAUCACCUUGGUAUGAAUCAUAUUUCACGGACCCACAACCAUCUCAGGAACCAAAACAGAAGCAAGAGGAAGAUACAUGA